UGCUCAAUUUUUUUUCUAAACACCAUUAAUGGAGGGAAGUUUGUAAAAGUCCCUCCCCCCUCUCUCUGUUGUCAGACAAAGUUAAGAAAGCUACGUAUCACAGUUUCUACUUCUGGCGCCAUUUGCACUCGAUCCUCUCAGUUCAAAACUUAUUCUAGAAACAAGAUAGUAGAGUGGAUUCGUCGCUUUGCCUUGCUGAGCUGAACAUGGAGGAGAAGGAAAGCACGGUUUCUUUGUCGCCGGAGAACUCGGAGUCGGAGUCACCACCGCCCGUGAGAAGCUUCGUAGUUCCACCGCCACACAUGAACUUGGACAUGAACAUGAAUAUGAGCAUGGAGAGAGGCCUUGGCGGUGCAACAACCACCCCCACCACCACAACACCACCGCUGCUUUAUCCGCCGCAGUUGACCACCACCACCACCACAGCAGCGUCGGAAGGAGGGGUUUUGCAAGGGAGUGGUACCGGCAGUGUUGAUUUGUUUGGGAAGAAGAAGAGAGGGAGGCCGAGAAAGUAUGACGCGGAUGGGAACCUCAGAGUGCCGUACAAGGCGGCGGUGCCACCAGUUUCGCCGCCAUCGGGAUUUUCUUUGUCUCCGUCUUCAGCUCCGGAGUUAGCUUCCAAGCGAGGGAGGCCCCCUGGCUCGGGUAACUGGCAGGUUUUAGCGUCUUUAGGAGAAUUGUUUGCCAGUACUGCGGGAGGGGACUUCAUGCCGCAUGUGGUGACUGUGUGUACUGGGGAGGAUGUUGCUGGGAAUAUCCUAUCAUUUGCUCAGAGAGGUCCUCGAGGAGUUUGUGUUCUCUCUGCCAAUGGAACUGUUUCCAAUGUUACUAUUCGCCAACCUGGUUCUUCAGGCGGUAUCUUGACAUAUGAGGGGCGCUUUGAGAUUUUGUCCUUAUCAGGGUCAUACACAAUCACUGAUUCCAGUGGUGUGAAAAGUAGGACUGGUGGAUUGAGUGUUUCAUUGGCUGGUCCUGAUGGCCGCGUGGUUGGAGGUGGUAUUGCUGGUUCACUGAUCGCUGCUAGCCCUAUCCAAGUUGUGCUUGGAAGCUUCAUGCCAAAUGGAUACAAGGCUCAUAAGAGGAGGCACCAUCGUGAGAAUACAAUGGCUACAACCAUUCCCCCAGGAGAUACAGCAACUGCAGCAACUGCAGCAACACCAAUCUCACAAGCAAAACCAGAUUACGCGUCCCUUAUAAACCCUACAUCUCUAUUACCAGAACGAAGACAUGUUGAAGCAGAUGACAAAGCUAGUGAUAAGCUUAUACCCAAUAUGCCAACUUCCUAUAGUUCUGGUUGGAAUGGAGUAGAGCCCUUGCCAAGCCACAGGCCAUCUCCUGACAUCAACGUAUCUUUGCCCAGCGAUUAGAGCUUUAGGAUGUACAAGGUUACUUUAAAGCUGACAGUGCUACUGAACAACAUUAUUUUACUGCAUUGUUGUUGUAGCCUUUUGAAUUUAUUAAGAUAAUCUUAGUAGUUCUGCAUGAUAAUUAGAGGCUGGCUGUUAGGCCUGUCAGAUUCUUUUUACCAUGUAACAUCUGACAUUGGUCGUUCUUAAGCCAAGGCACUGAUCUGUGUGAUUGCCCUAAAUAUUUAUGGAUAAGACAGUUUUAUUGGUCCAUGUUUACUACC